AUGUCUAUCUUCGCUCCUGCCCCUAAGCCGCCAACCCUCCUUGGCUACCACCGAGUCCUUUCCCCCUCGGCUGGUGUCAAGGUGUCCCCGCUAUGUAUAGGAGCUAUGAACUUCGGCGAUGCCUGGAAGGAGUUCAUGGGUGAAUGUAACAAGGAGGCAUCUUUUGCUCUCCUCGACGCUUUCUACGAAGCAGGCGGUAAUUUCAUCGACACGGCCAACAACUACCAACAUGAAGAAAGUGAGAAAUGGAUAGGCGAGUGGUUGCAGAAGCGUGGGUGCCGCGACCAGAUGGUGAUUGCGACCAAAUACACAACCGGAUACCGCACCUCUCAUCGCUCCACUGAACCGCUGCAGUCAAACUUCGUCGGCAACAGUUACAAAUCCAUGAUCAUCUCCGUUAAUAACUCUCUCCGCAAACUCCAAACAGACUACAUCGACGUCCUCUACCUGCAUUGGUGGGACUUCACAACUAGUGUUGAAGAGGUCAUGCACGGGCUGAACAGCCUAGUCACAUCCGGCAAAGUCUUGUACUUAGGUGUUUCUGAUACACCCGCCUGGGUAGUUGUCAAGGCGAACGAUUAUGCGCGCGCACAUGGCCUUAAGCCGUUUAGCGUGUAUCAGGGCAAGUGGAAUGCAAGCUACCGUGACAUGGAGAGAGAGAUUGUUCCCAUGUGUCGUGAUCAGGGGAUGGGGAUUGCUCCGUGGGCGCCGCUUGGAGGUGGCAAGUUCAAGACUCGAGCCGCUAGGCAAGAGAAGAACAGUGAUGGGAGUGGCCGGGGUGCCGAGAUCAGCGAAAGUGAUGCUAAGAUUUCAGAAGCGUUGGAGAAGGUUGCUGAGCGCAAGGGCACCACGUUGCAUGCUAUUGCCCUUGCGUAUGUCAUGCACAAGACCCCUAACGUGUUCCCAAUUAUCGGACAGCGUAAGGUCGAACACCUAAAGGCGAACAUUGAGGCAUUGAGCAUCUCGCUAUCGGACGCGGAUAUGGAUGAGAUUGAUGGCGCGACGGAAUUUGAGGUCGGAUUCCCAAUGAGCUUCAUCUUCCGUGAGUUCAACAGCAGGAACACCGCCGCCGAUGUUUGGCUCACGCAGGCUUCGGCGCUUAUUGAUGCGCCGCCGCAGCCGGGGCCUGUGCGACAUCGGGAGGGAGAGAAAUAG